AUGAAGAAAAAGGGCAGGUGUUUUAUCUGCACGAAAAAAGGUCAUCGACACUCGGAAUGUGAUUCAAAGCGAUCAUGCGCAAAUUGCAGUGGAUCUCAUCAUGUAUUCAUCUGCGAUGUCCCACACGCAAAAUCGGCGAAGAAAGUAGGCGAGACUACAAGCGCUCAUUCCAGCAGUGCGGCCAAAGACAUUUUUUUGAAAACAAUCACGUUAGCUCUGACAGGACCUAAAGGAUCAGAAAAUUUUCGGUGCUUGCUGGAUGCUGGAAGUCACCGUUCAUACAUCACAUCUAAGGCCAGCACGGCGCUCGGACUUAGCAAAAUCGACCAAGAACGGCUGAAAAUUAGUGGAUUUGUAGGUCGAUCGUCUACUAGAAAUCUACCGCUCGUGAAUGUUGGAUUGAGAAGCGAGAUUGGAGGCCAGCCGUACAUCAUUCUUAGCUGUCUUGAAACAAAUCGCAUAUGUGAUCCCAUCCCCUUCGUUCCGAAUGGGCCCUGGACAGAGAGCAUGAAGGCCAGACAUCUGAAUCUGGCAGAAGAUCCUUCCCAAUCCAAGGGGGAGCCACAUGGAAAGGAGAAAUUUAUCUGCUCAUUGGAAGAGCACUAUUAUAGAGUAAUAACCGGUGCGCAAAUUCGACUCACACAAGAUCUGAUGGCCGUUGAAUCUAUAUUCGGUUGGUUUGUACAUGGAGCUGUGUGCACCUCCGAUGAGCAACAAGACCAAACGAUCGCUCUUCUCAUCCGAGCACAAGAAGAAGAAAGUGAGAGACCAGAAACAAUGCUUAGUCGUCUAUUUGAUUUGGAUGGCGUUCAUGAACAAGAAGACGACGCGCAGGCUCAGCUGGAAGCAGAUCCGGUCAAGAUGCACUUCAAAUCGACAGUCACCAAACGAGGAGAUCGCUACUGUGUCAAAUUACCAUGGAAAGAGCAUCAAGAGGAGCUGCCUUCAAAUGUAGGUCCGGCUAUACAGCAAGCGCAGAGUCUCAUCCAACGACUGAAACGAUCUUCGGAAACUCUAAAAAGCUAUCACGAGCUCAUUUUGGAUCAUCUCAAAAGAGGAUUCAUCGAAGAAGUUCGUGAAGAAGACCCGAAAAGUUGGAAUAGAAUUCUCCAUUACGUCCCUCAUCACGCUGUUAUUUGGAUGGAUAAGGUCAGCACAAAGAUUCGUCAAGUGUUCAACGCUUCCUUCGGGAGCCCAUUUCUAAACGAUCAACUAAAUUCGGGGCCAAAUCUAGUCCCACCCAUGCAGGAUAUUGUCAUCAGAUUCCGCAGUCGGCGAGUGGCACUCGUUGCCGAUAUUGAGAAGGCAUUCUUACAAAUUGAAGUGGAUGAAGGCGAUCGCGAUGUCUUGCGAUUUAUUUGGGUGGAGGAUCCUACAGCAAAUUUAUUAAAAUUUAAUAUUUUUCACUGGAAACGAGCCGUGUUUGGAGUGACAAGCAGCCCGUUCCAUCUUGCUGCAGUCAUCCAACAUCAUCUAUCCUUACAGGAUAGUGAACACCCGGAAGUUGUGAGAAUGCUCAAGUGGAACUGCCUCGUAGAUGACGUCAUAAUUGGCACCGAAAAUUGCGUCAUGGGUCUGAAAAUCGCAGAAGAAGCCACCGAGAUAGCCGCGAAGGCCGGAAUGCCCCUCCGUCGCUGGCGAACCAAUGAUGCUGAACUACAAGAGAGUUUGGCUAAACUGAAUCAAGACGAACGAGUAGAAGAGACCAUGGAAUUCAACAACGACCAGAUGAAGGUUCUCGGAACAGGCUGGCAUCGGGCAAGCGACUGUCUUACCUUCUCAACAGCAACUUUAAUUGAAUAUUUCGCUACUGUUUGUCAUCUAUCAUGCCUAAGAACCAUCUUAUCAAUUGCUGCCAGAGUCUAUGAUAUUCUUGGAUUAAUAUCCCCCGUGAUAAUCACAAUCCGCAUUCUGAUGCAGAAUUUAUGGAAGUUGAAGCUAAGCUGGGAAGAAGAGGUGACCGAUCCAGUGAAAAAGGAGUUCUGGAGUUGGGUCGAUCAACUCAAUUUGCUGUCAACAAUCAAGAUUCCAAGAUGGUAUCAUCACGGAUUGCCCAACAAGAUCGCCAAUCAACAGCUACAUUUGUUCUGCGACUCCAGCACCAAGGCUUAUGGAGCGGUUGGAUAUCUGCGAAGUGAAGACGAAGAUGGAAACGUUAUCAUUUCCAUCGUACUCAGCAAGGUACGCGUUGCACCAGUAAAACAAAUUACUUUGCCGAGAUUGGAGCUUUUAGGAGGUCAUGUUGCAGUGAAGGUGGCCUCUGCCAUCAAAGUCGCAUUGGAAAUUGAACAAAUCGAAACAUUCUACUGGACGGACUCGCAAGCUUCUCUCGCCUGGAUUAAAGGCGAUCCAAGUAGAUGGCAGCAGUACGUCUCGAAUCGAGUGCGGCUCAUACAAGAGCGAUCGAAUCCAGCAGAAUAG